AUGUUGAAAAUAGCCGCCAUUUUAUCGUUAUUUUUGAUUGCAACAUUGUCACAGUCUCAGUACAGACGGAUAAAGAAAGACGCGCAUUCUUCUAAUGAUUACUCUACAGGCAGUGUAUGGGGGCAAGGCAUAUCCUGCGACUCGUGCGGAAGUGAAUGCGCUUCCGCCUGUGGUACACGUCAUUUCCGGUCCUGUUGCUUCAACUACCUUCGCAAGAAACGCCCUGACACCUUUAAGAUGCAUCAUUAUUAUGAUGGCCAGCGACAGAACCCACCAUUCUUCACAGAAAACCUUCCAGACGACAGUUUUAGAUGGUUCGCCAAUGAUCGCUACGGCCUCUUUGACGGUGUAGAUGAGCGGGAAUAA